UAGCGACGAGCCGCGCAGUCCGAGUAAGGACGACGCACAGUGCGGAACACCGCCGCCACCGCCUCUGACGUUGUGUGCCACAAACUCCAUUUUAAAAGGACGAAUCGUUGCUACCAAAAUAAUUACUACUCUCUCUAAGUGACUGGUGAACUUUCAGGCUACCCAUUGUUUUUAAAAAAAAAAGAAAUAUUCAAGUUUACUCGAUUCUAAAAAAGAAAAAACAACACAAACUUCUCAAGCAGCAACUCCCUUCAUCAUCAACAACAACUUCACCACUGUGCUACAAAUUUUACUCUACGAAAGAAACUUCAAUUCAAGACAACAACAAGAUCUAAGGAUCACGUGAGAGAGAUCAAAACAGAGUUAGAGGUGAUAUAGAACAGCCUCCAAGCGCACACAAAGAAAAGAAAGUUUUAGAAAAAUUACCAGCAAUUACUUUUGCAUCACCAGCAACAACGUCGUCGUCGUCGUCACAUCUUGAGACUCGCCCUCAAAGCUUCCCACAAUGCAUCUUGAAAUUCAAGUCGCACUUAACUUUGUUAUCUCCUACAUGUACAACAAACUGCCAAGGCGACGAGUCAACAUAUUUGGUGAGGAGCUGGAAAAAGCACUCAAGGAGAAAUUUGAGGGCCACUGGUACCCUGACAAGCCAAUGAAAGGAUCAGCUUACCGCUGCCUUAAAACAGGGGACCCCAUUGACCCUGUUUUGGAAAAGGCAGCCAGAGAAGCUGGAAUGGAGGUAAGAGAAAUCAAGGAUAACCUUCCAGAGGAUCUUGCAGUCUGGGUAGACCCUGGUGAGGUCUCUUACAGGAUUGGAGAGAAAGGUCAGAUCAAAGUUCUCUAUUCAGAGGCAGCAGAAUCUGCAACACAGGAGGAGAACCUCGACAAAGAGGUGACCAAAACCUUCAACCCAGAGGCACAGUGCUUUAAACCCAUUGAUAACCUGAGUUCGUCCCUUAGCAAUGUGUCGAUCAGCCCAAAGUCGACGUCCCCAUAUUCUGCCAGUUCGCCCACGCCGCCCUUCAAACAGAGGGAAGCCUCGCCUAUCAACGCCUUCCUUAACAAGAGCUCCGCCCCUCUUACCUUUACAACUGCGACAUUUGCCCAGACAAAAUUCGGGUCCACAAAGUUAAAGACAAGUACCAAACGAGCAAACCGUAUGUCACCUACAGAGUUCUCACACUACAUCAAGCAACGCCAGAUGAUUCAGCAGCAACAACAUGUACAACAGCAGCAGCAGCAACAACAACAACAGGCAGUGGCUGUAGCGACGGCAGGGUUCGGUAGCCAGUUCCCACCGUCCAGGCCUCGUUCUCUCAGCCCCAACCCUCCAAUGGAGCCCCAAGGUGUGUAUUUCCCUGGUGGUGCCCCUGGUGGUGGAGCAUAUAACCCUUGGGGUCGCGGAAUGUUUGAGCAGGGCUUCACCUCACCGUCCUUCAUCACUGACCUGCUACCAGCCACAAGCCAACAGGCGCCUGGACCCAAAUUCCCACCAAUGUACGAGCAGCUCAGUGGCGGGAUGAUGGGUGGUGCUGCCCCUGGAGCAGCUUCCAUGGGUACGGCGGGUGAAAAGGCAAAUGCACUAAGCGAAGGUGUGAUGGGCGUGUACCCAGCCUCUCAGUACCAGCACCUGUUAGUUGCCAACUAGAGGAUGGGCGGGGCAGCCGCAGCACCAGCAGCCUUCCCGUUGUCUCCCUGACCCGCCACUGAACAAAAUCAAAAGGUGUCGUCUCUUAAUGGACUUGAGUGUGCCCCAGCAGGAGAACGGGCGGGCGUGUGGGCGUCGUGUGGGCGGGGCAGCUGGCUGCUGGCCGCCGCCGCCCCCACCACCGCACCAGCAGAUCUGACACCACCUGCCAAUAUCCUUCACCUUUUAUAAUUUUGUACUGCCUCAGGUAUAGACGCUUUUGGUUUAUAGAAUAAUAAAGAAUAUGCCCAUAUUACAUAUAGAACAAUGCAGAGCUGCCCAAGGGUUAUAUAUCGGACUAUGGUCAUUGAAAGGUUGACUUUUUCAAAGCCGAUGGUUGUGAAUCUGUACAUAGGUUAUGUUUGAAAGAACAAUAUGAGGGUUCCUGUAUUGUAGAAGUGCUCGAGAUUGUUCACACUUGUUGUAAGCAUGGAUAAGAUUACAUUGUUGUACAAUAUGUACUCUUUAUUAUCAUUAACAAAUAUGGCAUAUAUUUUUCUUACUUGUACAACUUAACUAACCGGUACGGUUUCUCUUAAGGUACGAAAACUAAAUAAUUUUGUGAUAAGAUGUGUGAUAGAAGAAUGCAGUAGCGGUCCAGUACAAAUACACACCCAGUCUUGUUGCCCCUAUUCAAAGGAAAAAGGUUCUGCGGAGGGACGCUAAUGCUAAAUUCAUCAAACACGACAACCCCAUCAUUACCACCUGAUUAUGAACAGCCAAUGAAUACCUAAAUAACCAUUUUUACUUCUACAAUACCUCUAUAAAUACUCUUCUUGCUUUUAGGGGGUAGACCUUUCCAAGUUUUACAAAUUUUAAGUCUUCAUAAUAAUGUAUGUCCCAAAGAACAAAGUUUAAAGCCAAGAUGUCACUAAGUGACAUCCUGGUGAGCACUUAGAUGACACCAAAGUGGCAUCAAGGUGAUUACACUAAGGUGACAAGAUGGGCACGAGGUAAAUAUAUAGAGAAGGAAUGAGUGAUGACUGCUUGCCGAUUGCCGAGUGGAAAAGAAAGAGAUAAGUUGGGAUGUGAGAGAUGAGCGAGAGAAGGAGCAAGAGAAGGGGAGAGAGCGCAAGAUGAAAAAGAGAUAAUAUAUAGAACUGGUGAUGGUUUGGAGGGUCUUUGACGAUAGUGUUGAAUAUUUUGCUGUUACAUGUUUUAUCUCAUAUCGACGGUAGAUGAGACUAGAUAAAGUAGAUACAUAGUAGAUGAUAACUCGCUGGGCCAUGUCGCGUCCACGAGAAAUUUUAUAUUGAAUGUUAUGUGUUAGUUUUCAGAAGUUUUUGGUGAUUGUGUGAAUGAUGGUUAAUAUUUUGGUAAGAUUUCUACCAGGUGUAGCAUAACCCAUUCUGUCUGCAAAGAUCCUUUUAAAACUCACCUUACCUAUUGUUGUGUAGUUUUGGAUUGGUACGUUUACAAGUGUCUCGUUAGGCUGGGAAAUGCUGUCACUCAGCCAUAAACCAUUUAACCAGACCAGAGCUACUUCUCUUCAUGGAAAUGAAAACAAAUAUUUGUGUGGAUAUGAGCGCAGCAGGAGUCUUAAGGUCUGAUGCCAGGGUUUAAGACUUUCUUGAAUUCAAGGUCUUAACUGAAAUGGAAUAAAUUUAGUGAUGAGUUGACAUACUAUCAUGUUAAUGUCAAUUUUCAAUUACAAGGUGAUGCCAGUGAUACAAGAUAUUACUCUGCAAUUUGAAAGAGUCAGAAAGUUAAAACAAUUUUGAAAUAUUUUAAUGUGAAGGACCUUACUGAGUCUCAAAGGUCUUAGCUAGGCCAAGGCCUUAACACUGACUGACUCUGCUGUUAGUUGCCCUAUGGGUUACUGAGCGCUCCUAAGACAUCAUCAUCUAAUGGGAAGGGCAAAAAUUAAAUUUAUAAAAAUGUCAAUGACCAACAAAAAUUUCUAUUUGAUUUUUGUUCAUUGUUCUAUCAAUGAUGAUGAUCAUUAACUUUUGUAAUUAGAAUAUGCGCUUGGGGUUCCUAAGAGCUUCUAUUGUUCUCAGCUUAAGUUUGGCAUUAGACACAAAUACUGCAAUGGCACAGUAGUACUUCCUUUGUGUAAAAUAUGGAUAGACACUAAGAACCAUUAACCUGUGAGCAAUGAGUAGACUAUUAGAGGUUAUGGUCAAUUUGAUAACUCUUAUUAAUUUAAUUGUACCUAAUAUAGUGGGUUUUGUAUUGCUAAGAACAUCUGUUGCCAGUCAAUAUUUGUGUCUGUUUGUGUAAGCACGAGAGCUUGGCAGUAAAAGCUUUUGGAGAACAUGGAUCUAGUUGAAAAACUCUCAGAGUGAGCUUAAAAAGAUCUAUGCCUCUUCUAUCGGCCAUUCAAAUUCUGUAUGUAGUUUUGGAAUCACUGAAACAUUGGUCCUGGAACACCCAAUGAAUGUGGAUGGGCAGUGAUGAGAUGGAGACAUGGAAAUUUUUAAGUCCAUCAGAUGUUAACUAUACUUGCAUCUCAAAUUAUUAUGCAGCCCAUUCCUGUUUCAUAUAUGAAUUUGUCAUUAUUAUAUUGUCUUUCUAGUCACAAAGUUACUACUAUUUUUCUAAACCGUGACGCCAUAUAUUCCUGCUUGCCGGGAUAAAACAGGCAGUCUGCAAGUAUAAUAUAAUAUAUUCAUUUUUAUAAUUUCUUAUGUUUUUAUUAUUGUGAAAGAAUUAAUAAAUGUGUAGUUUGCAAAUUUA